AUGGUCUUACAGCGAGACUUCUACGUCGACGAUGUUCUCACAGGAGCCGAUACAAAGAACGAGGCACAAUCACUGAGAACGGAGCUCAUAGAGUUGCUUAAAUUAGCCGGCUUAAACAUCCGAAAAUGGGCAGCGAACGACCGGGAACUGCUACGAGGACUUUCCGAGCAGGACAUAAACGAUAAGCUGCUAAUAGGCGAAUCGCAAACUUUCAAAACUCUGGGUGUUGUUUGGAAUUCCUUUGACGAUUCGAUCCUAUAUUCCGUCAAAAUCAAUCCUACCGCCUCUCGAAUUACGAAGAAAACAAUCAGCUCCGAAAUUGCCAAGAUCUACGACCCUCUUGGAUUACUGGCACCAGUGAUCGUUCGCGCUAAGAUGUUGCUCCAACGACUUUGGACUUUAAAACUUGACUGGGACGAAUCUCUUCCGGCUGACGUACAUACAGAAUGGAGCAAAUAUUAUUCACAGCUACCUUUGCUAAAUAACGUGAAGUUUCCACGUAAAACUAUAAUCAAGACUGCAGCGGAAAUUGAAUUACACGGAUUCUGCGACGCCAGCGAAAGGGCGUAUGGGGCAUGCGUCUACCUUCGCACCAUCGCUCCGGAUGGUCAUGUUUGGACACGACUCCUCACUGCAAGGUCAAAGGUGGCUCCACUCAAAUCACAAACCAUUCCAAGGCUGGAACUGAGUGGAGCACUUCUUCUCGCAUCAUUGGCCACUACAGUCCUUCAAGCGUUACCAAGCAACAUUUCUCGGACCGUUUACUGGACUGAUUCUACAAUCGUUUUACACUGGAUUAAUACAUCACCCCAUACGCUGAAAACCUUCGUCGCCAAACGUGUGACAGAGAUUCAACAAAAGACUCACACCUCAGAUUGGCGCUACAUUCCCACUACCGAUAACCCUGCAGAUCUCAUAUCUCGAGGCCAAUCACCCCAAGACUUCCUGCGAUCUACCAUUUGGCAACAUGGACCAGAAUGGCUCCAACAACCUGAAAAAUACUGGCCGUCGUGGAACCCAGUACCAUUAGUUGAAAUACCAGAGCAAAAGAAGGCAACAUAUGAAAUACGUACUCUCCGCACAGAUCGAAAUUCUGCAGUGAAGGGGAAGCUGCAACGACUCAAUCCAUUUCUGGACAAGGACGAGAUAUUGCGAGUCGGAGGCCGACUCAGUCAUUCACCAAUGCCCUUCACUCAGAAACACCCAAUCAUUCUACCCAAAUCCUCAGUUACAGCACUCAUAAUCGAGCAUGAACACCUCCUAAAUCUCCACUCCGGAACUCAAGCUACCUUAUAUGCCUUGAGGAGAUCUUACUGGCCUAUCGACGGCCGUAAUCAAGUUUGGAGCACGCUGAAGAAGUGCGUACGUUGCUGCCGAGCCAAUCCACCUCCAGUAGAGUACGUAAUGGGCGACCUUCCAGCUGCACGGAUAACGGAAUCUCGUCCAUUUACCAACGUCGGAAUCGAUUAUUGCGGACCGUUCUACAUCAAGGAACGAAAGGAUCGCAACCGACGAAAAAUCAAGGUAUAUGUAGCAAUCUUCGUAUGCCUUGCAGUUAAAGCAGUCCACCUCGAGCUGGUCACCGAUCUCACUAGCGAGGCCUUCAUUGCUGCUCUGUGA